AUGUGGAAAAGAAUAGCUGUGAUAACAUUCGCCAUCUCUUUCUACCAUGCUACAGGAAAAUUGGCAACAAUCGAAGACACAGAUGACUCGGCGAACCCUGACUUGGAUGACUUGGACAGCAGCGAGAAGGUGGGAGCGUCGGUCACGCAGAUAGUCCAGCAUCCGUACGCCGCCACAUUGUUAAAGAACGACUCGUACGUCUGCAGCGCCAUCAUACUCAACACCAACUGGGUGCUGUCCUCGUCGAAAUGUUUCGACUCGGAUGUCAUCUCGUCCUACGUGACACACAAGAACCUUGGAAAUUUCACCAUCCGCGCGGGCAGCUCUUACAACAAUAAAGGAGGAUCGCUAUAUAAGAUAAAGAUGUUGAUCAACAACUUUGACAUGAAGGUCUCACUGAUCAAGCUCCAAGCGCCGCUGGUGUACGGCGCGAGGGUACGAUCCGUACACCUGCCAGCCCCUGACGACGAGCCGACGCUGGGUUACCUGGCUUCGAUAAUGGCAUGGACACCUUCUGGGCACAUUCGGGUGGUCAAUGUGCCCAUAAUAGAGUCAUCAUUGUGUGAGCCUUACACGAAGAUGCUGCCAGGAAACUACAUCUGCACUGGGGGAGUCCAGGAUCCGAACAGGCACUUCUGUCGGAAGGACAACGGAGGAGCAGUCAUACAAAACAACACGCUGAUUGCGAUCUCGACAUUCAUCCACUCGUGCGCAGUCUACACGAAAAUCCACGCAUUCCCCAAAGUCGCUAGCUUCUCCAGGUGGUUAGACUCCGUAAUAUGGGACGAAGAAAACAGACCGUCUUCCUCAACUGAAGGCACUGCUAAACCAAGCACUAAUGCCACUGAAGCUCCUUUACAAACGCAAACUUUCUUCGCUGACCCUAGAAAAUUUUUGUUAACGUUACCGUUUGACCCCGUAAACGUCCCGCUAGAACCAGCAGAAGAUAACUCCGUCUUACCAAGAAUGAGUUUAUACGAGUCUUAUCUCCAAAAUAUGGCUAAAUCAAAAACUUCUACGACACAGAACCCAAAACAAAUAGAAAUGGAGAAACGGGCGUGGCUAAAGAAGUUUGGGAAAGCGGUAAUGAUGAUGCCGCAGUUCGCAAAGAAAUAUGACGCUUAUGACUAUAACUAA